UGUUUAGAGAGAAACAAGAUUCAUGUUCAAUGUUCUGCAAACGACGAUAAUGUAAUGACAAGACAAUUAUUUCUCAAACUCGCUGCUGAUCUCUCUUCUCUCACGGAUUCUUCACCAUUCGCAAAGCUUCUUGAUUCAUGCAUCCGAACCAAGUUAUCAGCAACUGAUGUCCGUUGUGUCCAUGCUUGUAUUCUCAAAUCCGGUUUCAAAAAUGAAACCUUUAUACAGAACCGUCUCAUUGACGCUUAUGGGAAAUGUGGGUCGCUUGACGAUGGUCGCCAAGUGUUCGACGAAAUGCCUGAACGAAAUGUUUACACUUGGAACUCUGUUUUGACGGCUUUGACCAAGUUAGGGUUUUUAGAUGAAGCUGAUUCUUUGUUCUGGUUAGUUCCUGAACGUGAUCAGUGUACUUGGAAUUCCAUGGUUUCGGGUUUUGCUCAGCAUGAUAGAUGUGAAGAGGCUUUGUGUUAUUUUGGUAUGAUGCAUAAGGAAGGGUUUGUGUUGAAUGAAUAUAGUUUUGCUAGUGGUCUUAGCGCUUGUUCGGGUUUGAAUGAUAUGAAUAGGGGGGUACAGAUACAUUCUUUGAUUGCAAAGUCGCCUUGUUUGUCAGAUGUGUAUAUAGGUUCUGCUCUUGUUGAUAUGUAUUCGAAAUGUGGUGAUGUUGAUGAUGCUCAGCGGGUUUUUGAUGAGAUGGGUGAUAGAAAUGUUGUUUCUUGGAAUAGUUUGAUUACAUGCUACGAACAAAAUGGUCCUGCGGUGGAAGCUCUUAAGGUUUUCCAAGUGAUGUUGGAAUCUUGGGUUGAGCCAGAUGAGGUUACAUUAGCAAGUGUGAUUAGUGCAUGUGCAAGCUUGUCGGCGAUUAAGGUUGGUCAGGAAGUUCAUGGCCGUGUUGUUAAAAACGAUAAAUUAAGGAAUGACAUAAUUCUAACCAAUGCGUUUGUGGAUAUGUAUGCAAAGUGCAGCAAAAUAAGUGAAGCUAGGUUCAUAUUUGAUAGCAUGCCUAUCAGAAAUGUAAUUGCAGAAACUUCCAUGAUCAGUGGGUACGCUAUGGCUGCAAGCACUAAGGCAGCUAGACUCAUGUUUACCAAAAUGGCGGAGAGGAAUAUUGUUUCAUGGAAUGCGCUAAUUUCUGGCUAUACGCAAAACGGGGAAAACGAAGAAGCACUAAGUCUCUUUUGUCUCUUAAAGAGGGAAUCAGUAUGCCCGACCCACUAUACCUUUGCAAAUAUACUCAAGGCAUGUGCAGAUCUUGCAGAGUUACAUCUAGGUAUGCAGGCUCACGUCCAUGUGUUGAAGCAUGGGUUUAAGUUUCAAUCUGGUGAAGAAGCUGAUAUAUUUGUUGGCAAUUCCUUGAUAGAUAUGUAUGUAAAAUGUGGUUGUGUAGAAGAUGGCUAUCUUGUAUUUAGGAAGAUGAUGGAAAGAGAUUGUGUUUCCUGGAACGCGAUGAUAGUUGGAUUUGCACAGAAUGGUUAUGGAAAUGAGGCUCUUGAGUUGUUCAGAGAAAUGCUUGAUUCUGGAGAAAAACCAGAUCACGUUACCAUGAUCGGUGUUCUCUCUGCUUGUGGACAUGCUGGAUUUGUUGAAGAAGGACGACACUACUUUUCUUCCAUGACCAGAGAUUUUGGUGUGGCUCCUCUUAGGGAUCACUAUACGUGCAUGGUUGAUUUACUUGGGCGAGCCGGAUUUCUCGAAGAAGCAAAGAGCAUGGUCGAGGAGAUGCCUAUGCAACCAGAUUCUGUUAUAUGGGGUUCACUGCUUGCUGCUUGUAAAGUACAUAGAAACAUCACGAUAGGUAAAUACGUUGCAGAGAAGCUUCUAGAAGUGGAGGCGUCAAAUUCAGGACCAUAUGUUCUUCUUUCUAACAUGUACGCUGAGGUCGGAAAAUGGGAGGAUGUGAUGAAUGUACGAAAGUUAAUGAAGAAAGAGGGUGUCACGAAGCAGCCAGGCUGUAGUUGGAUAGAUAUACGAGGACAUUCUCAUGUUUUCAUGGUUAAAGACAAAAGGCAUCCUCGAAAAAAGCAGAUACACUCACUUCUUGAUAUUCUAAUAGCAGAGAUGAGACAGGAACAAGAUCAUGCCGAAACAGGAUUACUAUCGUCUAGUCUUCUUUGGGACAAUGCCAUGUAA